UCUAUGAAUAUGCAGCCUCCACCAAAUGCUGUACUGGGGAAGGAAAAUGUCCAAGAGUCUAAAAAUCCCACAAACACAGGUAAAAUUCACUUCUUGCAGCAGAUUCUGGGAUAUGAUGGCACUCCCUUGUCAAACUCAUCAUGCACAGCACACAAUCCCUUAAACCUCUCAAAGGUUGACAACCAGCAAUUUAAAAACAGCUUUUUGCAGAGGGAUGGUGUCACUAUGAGAAGCAAUGUCGCCUCCAGCACUGCAGUGCAGAAAGCUGAUGAUGUAUUUGCAGGACCUGAAUAGGCUAAAGCAGGAGAUGCAAAAAUUGGUAAAGGAUGCAAAGCAAUGGACAUCGCAAUCUGAAGAUUUGAAGCCAAGAGUAUCAUCCAUCAUGACCUCUGCACCUGUAUUUGCACCACAUUCCUUUCGUCAGUCAGCUGUGAAGCUACCAAAGUCAAGGUUUGAGGAUGCAAAGCGCAUCUUGAGAGAAGUGCAGAAUAGAAAGAAAAUCUUUGAAGACAAUUUGGAAGCCAUUAACCGGGCCAGGAAUGGCACUGCUUGGCAC